AAAACCAAAACACUCAGUGCUGUUCGCCAUGUUGUGUUCAGGACACAUGAGAGAAAAUAUGGACGCCUCCGAGGCUUUAUUCCAGCAUUUAAACACAGAGAAAUGGAACUGCUUUCUUCUGAUCUGUGACUGAUCUGGGAUCAUUCGGACGAAAAAAGGAUUUUACGGAGGAAUGCAUUUUAUCCGACACUAUAAAACGCUGUUUAUUUGAUCUCUUUUAGCUGCUGUUUCGGAUCUCUUAAACUGGAUUUAUAUCCGUGAGUUCUGGAAUGAAGAUCAUGAUUAUGAUUUAUUCAAAGUAUUUUUAAAAGAACGAGAAGAUCACAUCGGGAAGUUUUUGAACUUGACUGAACCAUGAAUAGGAAUUUUCCCCAUGCACUCAAAAUGAUCGCUGUUUCUAUAUCGAUACUGAUCAAUAAUAAUGCAUAAGUUUCAGGACAGGCCGCUGUCACUUUCUAAUGCAAUAUGAUUGUAUUAAUGUUUGAUAUUUCAUCUAUGCAAACAGAAACACACGCACUGACCUCCACACUGAGGAUUUGUCAAAUCUCUCAAACACUAAACCUCUCUUACAGACUUAAACAUUGAUCCGGUCCUGUUUGCUCACAAAUAAAUGCUUUUGGCAAUAUUAAAACAUUAAUUUUAGAGGGAGUGGAUUAUCAGCUCGGGUGUUGCUGGGAUUUAUUGCAGUACAAGAAUCUGCGCUGAAAAUGAGGACAGACACCAAACUGGCCUUGGCUAUAUUCCUCGUCUCGUGCUCCUCAGGUGCGAUUCUCGGGCGCUCGGAGACGCAGGAGUGUGUGUUUUAUAAUGCUAGCUGGGAGAAGGACGGCACGAACCAGAGCGGAGUGGAAUCAUGUCACGGAGAGAAAGACAAGAGACAGCACUGUUUCUCCACCUGGAAGAACCGCUCAGGAGCCGUCGAGAUGGUGAAGCAGGGCUGCUGGCUGGACGACGUCAACUGCUACGACAGCAGCGAGUGUGUGGAGCGCAAGCAGAAUCCAGACGUCUUCUUCUGCUGCUGCGAGGGAAACAUGUGCAACAAGAAGUUUCACUACAGUCUCACUCUCUCUCCAGCCACGUCUGAGCCCGUUCCCCCGAAGCCGGACUUGUUUCCCACGUUGCUGUACUCUCUGAUUCCCGUCAUAGCUGUGGCCGUCAUUCUGGUCAUCUCGUUCUGGAUGUACCGUCGUCUGAAGCUGUCGUAUCCGCCGCUUCUCGUGCCAUCACAGCACGCCUUUCAUAUCAUGAUCGAGGACCCGUGUCUGAUGCCUCCGUCUCCGUUGUUGGGUCAGAAGCCGCUGCAGCUGCUGGAGCUGAAGGCUCGCGGAUGCUUCGGCUGCGUCUGGAAAGCUCAGCUGCUCAAUGAACACGUGGCUGUCAAAAUCUUCCCUGUGCAGAAUAAACAGUCAUGGCAGAGUGAAUAUGAGAUUUAUAGCUUGAGCGGAAUGAAACAUGAAAAUAUCCUUCACUUCAUCGGAGCAGAAAAACGAGGAAAUGGAAUCGAUAUCGAGCUCUGGCUCAUCACAGCUUACCAUGAGAAGGGCUCGCUGACAGACUUCCUGAAGGCGAAUGUUGUGUCGUGGAAUGAGUUGUGUCUGAUAGCGCAGACGUUUGUGCGUGGAUUGGCUUAUUUACACGAGGACAUUCCCAACCUGAAGGAUGGACACAAGCCUGCCAUUGCACACAGGGAUAUCAAGAGUAAGAAUGUGUUACUGAAGCAUGAUUUAACUGCCUGUAUUGCUGACUUUGGCCUGGCACUGAAGUUUGAAGCAGGGAAAUCUACAGGCGACACACACGGACAGGUGGGGACGCGGCGGUACAUGGCUCCGGAGGUGCUGGAGGGAGCCAUCAGUUUCCAGCGCGAUGCGUUUCUGAGGAUCGACAUGUACGCCACGGGUCUGGUGCUGUGGGAACUGGCCUCUCGCUGCACAGCGGCCGACGGUCCUGUGGAUGAGUUCUGUCUGCCGUUUGAGGAGGAGGCCGGUCUUCAUCCGUCUCUGGAGGACAUGCAGGACGUCGUUGUGCAUAAGAAACUACGGCCGAUAUUCAGAGAACACUGGCUAAAACAUACGGGUCUGGCGAUGCUCUGUGAGACCGUGGAGGAGUGCUGGGACCACGAGGCCGAGGCGCGUCUGUCUGCGGGGUGCGUGGAGGAGCGCAUCCUCUCAAUGCAGCGCAACACCAACCUCAUCGCCCCCGAAAACAUCCUCUCCGUCGUCACCAUGGUUACCAACCUGGACUUCCCCCCUAAAGAAUCCAGCCUAUGAUGCUGUUCUCUCGGCCAAUCAGAGCGCAGCGUGUGCGAGAGAACACCAGACUACAGUGAAAGCAAAACGAACACGGGAAUGAUUCAACGGCUCACACUUACACACAGAGGAACUCGAGAUCAAACACACACGGAUGUCUCUGUCUGCACCAAAACCUCUUUUUUGCAUUAAGGAAAGACUUCUGUGUUUUAUAUGAACAGCAUCUCGUACGGUUUUAGUAUAAAAAGGGCGAAACUCUAGACUGCGUUUGCUGUUCGUUUCUGCAAAUCAUAACAGUCAUGCCAAUACAAAACACUUCUGAAUGUCUGCCGCUCAGCCGCGAAUCACACACGGCUCUAUGAGAAAUUAUGCUGAAAUAACCAUGAACCUCCCUAAACAGGUAUACCUCAUUUUGAUUUCUCAUGCUUUUUUCUGGACAGCUGCUACGGAGGCGAGACGAGUCGCUGUAACACGCUAGUGUUUCUACCUUUCACAUUUCUGCUUCAUCACAGCCUUUCUGAAGGGGACGAAUCAUGAGGAAUCAACGCUGGCUUCACUGAAUCACAGAAACCAGGGUCCAAUGUUAGCGUCUCGAACAUUUCGGACCGCUCACUCAACUAUAUUUUUGCACCACAAUUUUUUUAAAUAGUGACACAUCAUAU